AUGUUUUUGUGCUAGUUGUUGUUUUAUUUGUAUUUCUGUAGGAACUGCAGGGCUUUAUAGACAACUUGGCUGGGCAUGGUCUGGAAGCUGUGCAGCGAAAGGAAGCAGACAGCAAAGCCAAAAUCCCAGCAGAUCUAUUUGCUUCUUUUUGUUAAUGCAUUUGGAAAAUGACAAAACCAUACAAUUGAUCCUAACAUACACGUCCGUGGUUCUCCUAAUGUCUGACCACAGUAAUCUAUUUGGUGUAGUCGCAUAAAACGGGUGGGUUAUCUGGGGAUUCAGUGGGGAAUUUAUUAUGACACACAAAACGACAUUUGCAUUGUAUUUGUUUAUCAGAAGGGUUCACUUGUGAGAACGUUGCACUUUGCAGCUGGUAACAAGAGGAAUCAUAAUACAGGCUUUCCAAACGCACUGAUGUGGUAGUGGUAGAGGUAACAACUGUUUGGGCUGUGGAUUCCUCCUCCUCCUGCAUUUUAUGUAACGGUGUGUGUGUGUGUCCGACAUGAACGCUUGCUAGACGUCCCUGAGCCUCAGGAGAACUGAGCCAUGUGCAUGCAGCCAGCUUACUGAACUGACACAGAAGUACUGGGAUCUCAGAACACGGGAGCUCCACUACGAGGGGUGCUGCUAGCCGGAGCGGAGAAGAUCGCCUUAAGUGCACACUAAUCCAGUAGCUGGUGAGCCAGUCUCAGCCUGUGGAAAGUGCGUACCUGCACACGCACUGGAACCUACUUCGGGAAGAGUGGCGCUAACAGGGACAACAAGGCCAUCCGGGACAGAGCGGAGCCAUGAAAGUGACACAGACACAGCUGACCUGGAGCUGAAUCUGAGCUGUUGGAACUGACUUGAGAGCAGACACUGUGCUGGCAUCCCAUUCAUCUGACCUACGUGGCGAGGUAGCCUUCACCUGGGCAACGCUGCAGUGAUGAGUACCGUGUACCUGCUAGCAGUUCCCUAGAAGACCAGCUCGGGUCCGAAGGGCGAGAGCAAUGUAUGCUUCUGAGGGUAGGAGCAGCAACCUUCCCAGGCAGGCACUCAACUUCCCUGUCGGCCUCCUCCUUACUUCUCCCAGAAGGAAACUCGCCAAAUUGGGCAGGAAAGCAAGCAAUGGGUCUUUACAGUCAGAUUCAUCAGACAACACAGUACGGUCCAAUGAGAGCAGCGGGGUGAGGCAGCCUGCCAGAAACAAGAUCAAGAGGCAUAACAACAACCGGCUGUUUAACAAGGGAUGGGGAGCAGGUAACCAGGCCGAUGAGACUGCAGCUGGCAUUGACAGAAGUGAAAGUACAUUUAGUGAAGACUCAGCAGAACUUUCUACUCAGGUGUCCGCCCCUGGGGUUCUUCGGAUCUUUGGCCAUGAAAUCUGUAAAGGAGCCAAUUAUAAAAGCGUACUGGCUACUCCACAGUCGAAAGCACAAGAGCUAGUUAAAGAGGCACUCGAAAGAUAUUCACUGGAGAAAGCAGGGGCAAGCAAGUAUGUCCUUUGUGAUGUCAUUGGUUACCAUGGGGAAGAUCAUCAAUGGAAGACGGAAUGUUUUCGAAUUGUUGGGGACAAUGAGAAACCUCUUAUGCUGCAGGCACUCUGGAAGCCAAAGGAGGGGUUUUCUCGACGAUUUGAGAUCCACAAGAGAUCCAAAGUGGAGGCAAUAUCAGCAAAGGAGGAGGACACUAUUACAGCAGGUAUUAACGCUCAAGCCAGGAAGCUACAAAAGGUCCGAGCCCGUGGUGCGUCUGUGUCCACAGAUGAAGUUGAUGACAGUGGCUUAUCAUUAUGGAGGAGUGUCAGUGAAAUUGACCUACAUGCAAAGAUGAAGGACUCUCGAAAGCAUGUGAAAAGCCUUUUCUUGGAUGACACUGAUGUGGACUCAGAUAAGGAUGGCCAGGGUCUGGCCACAGAGAAAGAGGAGACCGAGAGCAGUGAUGAUCACACAACACAGUAUUCAAUCCAUCCUCCUUUUGAGGUCCCUUACUUCCUGCUGCUACAAGGUUACAACUACAAGCAGGACUUUGUUAUUUAUAUGAUGAGUGGAUCGAACCACAUUUUUGGACAAUGCAGUGCACAUACUACGGGAGAUGAUGAGGAGAGGCUAAAGGUCGACAUUCUGCUUUCUGCACCGGAUAUACUGCCGCAGCACUGUUGUGUAAAACGUAUAGAGUCAGCUUCACCAAGUGAUAACUGUGGACAGAAAAAUACAAUUACACUAGUGCGACCUCUCCAAGGAGCUUAUGUUACACAUAAUGGAUUACCAAUCAAAACAGAAGCAGAACUUUUUCCUGGGGACCUACUUGGGCUUGGAGAGUUUUAUUUAUUUAUGUACAAGGAUCCAACUGCUUCUAGUUCAGGUCAGAAACCAACAUGGCUGUCAUCCUGCACAACACAACUAAAUUAUGGCGGGAUUACUUCUUGUAGGAUGUGUGGGUCAGCACUGAAAGACAGCCUGAAUCAGAUUGCAAAAUGCUGGCAUCAGAAGACAGUACGGAGGCUUAAAAAUGUAACUGGAAAAGAUCUUGAACUUCCUUAUGCUUUGGAGCAUGAAGACUUGUUACUGAACAAACUUAUUAAAAUGACAGACACACAGAGCUGUGCACAUAAAUUAACACCAGCGUUCCUCCUGUCCCUCUGCAUCCAGCACUCUGCAAGCUCAUUUGAGCUCCCUGAUUUUCGUAAACUCCUUCUAAGAAUAGCCAGCCAGAUUCAGGGCAUUAUGUGGGAAAGAACAAAGGAGCUUGCUGGAAGACAACCAGAAAAUGUUCGGCAAGAUGCAGAAUAUGGAAACCUGCUUAGCAUUGAUGAGCUGAUCCCUGGCCUUCAACCCCUUGUGUUUUGGAUGUCCAAUUCCAUUGAACUGCUCCAUUUUAUACAGCAAGAGGUACCCAAACUGAUGAUGUGGCAGGAAGAUGACUUGGAGGUCAGAACGGAUUCACUCAGGCCGAUCGGGUCAGCCAGUGAGGAGGCUGUGACUGUGUUGGAAGAAGUUAUUAUGUUCACAUUCCAGCAGUCUGUGUACUACUUGACAAAAACUCUUUACACAGUCCUUCCCGGUAUGUUGGAUAGCAAUCCCUUUACAGAGUCUGGUCAGCUGCAGGUACCAAAACGAAUCAAGAACAUCUUGGACGUGUUUCAGAAGACAAUGGACCUCCUUACUCAGCACUACGUGCACACCGACAUCACCUCCCAACUCUUUGCUUAUCUGUUCUUCUUCUCCAAUGCAUCUCUCUUUAAUGCACUCAUGGAAAGAGGCUCUGGCGGAGGAUUUUACCAGUGGUCAAAAGGGGUGCAGAUCCGUGCCAACCUUGAUUUACUCUUAGACUGGAUCCAGGGUAUUGAAUUAGGGGAUCUCGCAGCUGAGUUUUUUCAGAAACUGUCAGCAGCUGUCAACCUCCUUGCAACACCUAAGGAAAAUCUCCUUCAGGCUAGCUGGCGCUCAUUAAGGAAUGAAUUCCAGAGUCUGAAGCCAGCGCAGCUUCAUCACAUGUUACGGGAGUAUAACCCAGGAAGGCCCUGCCCACCGGGAUGGGCUCCAACAUCUGAGGACAAAGAGGCAGCACUGAGAACAGCUGAAAUUUUGGAAAGUUUUGACAAUCAUCCACCCCUGAUCCUUCCCUCCAAAUGUUUCUACGUUCAGCUUGGUAAACCAAUUAAUGACCAGUUGCUGCUGUCACAGUUGAAGGAAAUUCAGGGAUUUCUGCAGAGUUUGGCGCAGCAGCCAAUGACAGCCGACACAGAUGGGAAUAAAGAGCACAAGGAAGUCACAUUUUCAUGUAAGGAACAAGAUCUCAGUACAGAGCCAAAAGAGGAUUCUAAGAAGCCCCCCUCUAUUAAGAGAAGGAACUUUAGCAGAAUAACUCAACAUUUUAGGCCAACAGAACAGAAUGGCAGCAGCUCAGGUAUCAGUCCAGUGUCUUCACGGCAGUCUGACUUUAGUGAAGCUAUUCUCACUCAGAAACUGAAGAAUCUGGAACUUCAGAACAAUCUCCAUGGUGGACAUGACACAGCAGUACACAAACGACUGGCACUAGACCCGUCCUGCUUGCUCACUCCACCCAAUACUCCACAGACAACUGAAAUGGCAGAAAUGGACACGGAUCAAUUAGAAAACCCCAGCCAUAGUAUUUUAAAUGGGCAGCUUACUGAAGAUGGGGUUCCUGACUCUGACAGUCCAGAAGUUGAGACACAUGCUGAACCCUUUCAAGAGUCUUCAGAAGGUGUUGCAGAAGAAGAUGAAGUAUUCACAGUUGAGCUAGAGAAGGGAGAUCAUGGUCUUGGACUGGCUCUGGUCAAUGGGCUGAAAACGCCAUUAAACAUGAGCGGCAUUUAUAUUAAAUUAUUGAUACCUGAUUCUCCAGCUGCGAGGUGUAACAGAUUAAGUUCAGGAGAUCGUAUUUUGGCAGUCAAUGGAACGAGUCUUGUUGGACUGGAUUAUCAUAAUGGGAGAGAAAUAAUAAGGUCUGCUGGAGACAAACUACGACUUCUUGUUGCAAGGUCUGAAUCAGAGGUAGCUGUGAAAGUUUUGGCAUCAUCAUGCUGAGGGAAAUGUCAUUCAACUUCACACAUCUGAUGCCUCACUUAGAGGUUUUUUUGUUUUUUUUGCCAAACAAUAUGCAGA